CAUUGUGAACUGCUUUCAAUCAUUUAUUAUUUAUUCGAUCAUAUUUUACAAAAGGAACUGCUGUAUAUCUUGGUUAAUGGCCUCGUGUCUUAAGAAUUGAUUGGCGGCACAAUCCACUUGCGAAGUUAAUUUAUUGAGAAUCACUGGGUACUGAAUUUGAUGGAACUUGGAAAACGCAUUUCUGUCAUACGAAAUGAGGAUGUAAACAAAUUCCCGCGGUGAUCGGCCAAAGAAAACGUCCCUAAUAAAGGCCAGACAUCCGGGUUGUAAGCAGGAGGGAGUGAAGAGAGAAAGAAGAAAAAGUCGUCGGCGAUGCUUGACCUGUAUAAAUAAAUAGUGCGCGAACCAGCGAAGUACUUUAAGCGAGAUGAGUGACAGGAAGCGAACCUUGAUACUGCACAAGCGGACGGAUGACAAUGCGAGGACGAGGCUGAUUGGAGAAUCGUCGACAAGAUCGCGAUGUCCCGACAAUAACCGCGUCUUGGAAAGGGUGACGAUUAUACCGCCGCCCCGCGUCAUACAACACACGGGAUGCUCCCCCAAAACACCUACAAAAGUUUCGAUGACAUCACUUGAUGAAAAUGUGAAUCCCAUAUGUCGCAGGCAAGAAUUAAUGUCGCAAGACAAAAUAGUGGCGGACUAUCCUGAAAAUAUGGAAUGGAUAGAAAAGGUUACCAUGGAAAGUGGAAAUGAGGAUGAUAACCUAGGACGACCCGUGCAAGUUGUUCUGACUCAUCCGGACCACACCUUUGAACUUGACGAGGAAGCCCUUACUGAGAUUCUUCUUCAAGAUGAUGUUAAAGAUCGUAGCGUCGUCGUUGUUUCGGUUGCAGGAGCCUUUAGAAAAGGCAAAAGUUUUCUGCUAGACUUUUUCUUACGUUUUAUGAACAGUAGAUAUAUAGAAAAGAACAAUUCGGACGAAUGGUUAGGCGGUGAAACAGAUCCCCUCAGCGGCUUUUCAUGGCGUGGUGGCUCAGAACGUGACACCAUAGGCAUUCUCAUGUGGUCGAAAGUAUUUCCUGCAACAAUGAUUGACGGUGAGAAAGUCGCUGUCAUUCUCAUGGAUACACAGGGUGCCUUUGAUAGUCAGUCGACGGUAAGAGACUGCGCCACCGUUUUCGCUCUUAGCACGAUGCUCUCCUCCUUGCAAAUUUACAAUCUCUCCCAGAACAUUCAAGAGGACGAUCUUCAACACCUGCAACUCUUCACAGAAUACGGUAGACUCGCCUUGGAAAAGUCGGGUAGCACGCCUUUCCAGAGAUUGCAGUUUCUCGUGCGGGACUGGAGCUAUCCGUACGAAGCACCUUAUGGAGCUGAUGGUGGUCAAAAAAUAUUAAAGAGACGACUGGAAAUUUCCAAUACACAGCAUCAAGAACUGCAAAGUUUGAGAAAACACAUAAACUCAUGUUUUUCAGAUAUUUCGUGUUUUCUCAUGCCUCAUCCAGGUUUGAAAAUAGCCACUAAUCCAAAAUUUGACGGACGGUUAUCGGAAAUUGAAAGUGAAUUUAAAGAGCAUUUAAAGAUAUUGAUACCUAUGCUACUCGCACCAGAGAAUCUUGUCACAAAGAAAAUUAAUGGUCAAGUGGUAAAAGCCAAAGAAUUAUUAGAAUACUUCAAAAGUUAUAUUAAAAUCUAUAAAGGUGACGAGUUGCCUGAACCCAAGAGUAUGCUUGUGGCUACUGCAGAAGCUAAUAAUCUUUCCGCCGUGGCAGAAGCAAAGGAUUUGUAUGUACAAAUGAUGGAAUGUGUUUGUGGAGGAACGAAACCAUAUUUAGCAACUGCUCAUUUAGAGUCGGAACAUCAACGAUGCGUUGAUAAAGCAUUACACCAGUUUCAAAAUAAACGUAAAAUGGGUGGUGAUGAAUUUAGUCAAGCAUAUUUAGAGAAAUUACAAAAGGAUAUUGAAGAUGCUUUUCAUCAAUUUAAAUCGCACAAUGAAAGCAAAAAUAUUUUUAAAGCCGGACGUACUCCUGCAGUGUUCUUCGUAAUAGCUGUUACAACAUAUAUUGCUUCAGGUGUACUUGGUCUUAUUGGUUUAUCUGAUCUAGCUUAUAUUUGCAAUAUCAUUAUGGGUGUUGCUUUAUUAACACUUGUUGUAUGGGCUUAUGUGAGAUAUAGUGGUGAAUUCCGAGAAAUAGGAUCAACAAUUGAUGACUUAGCUACUGGUAUAUGGGAAAAUUUUAUGAAACCAGUUUACUUACAAUUCGUGGAUAAAUCUGUAUCAGUAGCAGUGGCACAAGCUGCUGAAAUAGCCACAAAUUCAACAUUAUGCAGCACAGUCACUGCCAAUGGGAAACCUAAGAUGAUGUAAUAUUUGCUCUCUCCUUGAUGUCAUAUAUAUGGUAUUUUGAGAAAUGACAAAACUAUUAGCGGUAUUCGAUUAAAUACCACAACUUGUUAAACAAACCCUUGCGUAAUUAUUAAUAAAAUUACUUUCUAAACAAGAAAAAAUCCAAAAGUUUUUAAGAAUAAGUGAAUUUUACAAAAUUGGAUUUCAUCAUUAUGAGACUUCGUUAUACUCAACUGUCUAUCAAAGCUGAACGUAUGUACAGUACACACAUUUUUUUUGUUAAAAAUUUAUUGAUAGUAUCUAUGAUCACUAAUAUUAAUUUGUUA